AUGCGAUGCUGUGGUUAUGGAAUACGUCAUCGCGUGAAGCGUAUCCAGAUGAGAGACUCGAGAGUUCUGCGAAUGCUCUGAACUCAGAAAAAAUAAUGCAAUCUCUCCCUACAACUCUGUACCCAACUUCAGUUUCCCCGCCAAGUCUCGAUCUUUACCCGCUAAGACAAACCGUAUCUUCUGUUCUCUCUCCUCCAACCGCCGGAUAUAACCGUCGCGGCAUGGUGUCUCGCGGUGAGUCUGCUUCGUUUAAGCCCCUCGCCGCCCGUCAGACUUCGAUCAGUGGUGAUGGUGAUGGAUACUGUACUCUCGUAGACUUUGCAGGUUAUGGAGGAGGAGGUGCAAAUGUAGGAGAUGAUCUUGUGGUGUUGCUUUACCACUUGCAACAUGCCUGUAAAAGAAUCGCUUCUCUUGUCGCUUCUCCUUUCAACUCUUCACUUGGAAAGCUCUCUGUCAACUCCUCUACUGGCUCUGACCGAGACGCGCCUAAGCCGCUUGAUAUUGUCUCGAACGAUAUCAUCUUGUCAUCUCUCAGAAACUCAGGGAAAGUAGCAGUAAUGGCUUCAGAAGAAGACGAUACUCCCACUUGGAUAAAAGAUGAUGGUCCUUACGUUGUGGUUGUAGAUCCUUUAGAUGGUUCACGUAACAUCGAUGCUUCGAUACCCACUGGAACUAUAUUUGGGAUUUACAAUCGACUCGUUGAGCUUGAUCAUUUACCUGUUGAAGAGAAAGCUGAGCUCAACUCUCUGCAGAGAGGAAACAGGCUUGUAGCUUCCGGUUACGUGCUGUACUCUUCAGCCACGAUACUCUGCGUUACUCUUGGCUCUGGAACACAUGCCUUCACGCUUGAUCAUUCCACGGGCGAGUUCGUUCUUACACAUCAAAACAUUAAGAUCCCUCCUCGAGGACAAAUCUACUCGGUGAAUGAUGCGAGGUACUUCGACUGGCCAAAAGGUUUGAGGAAGUACAUUGAUACGGUACGACAAGGGAAAGGCCAGAACCCGAAGAAGUACUCGGCACGUUACAUUUGUUCUCUGGUGGCUGAUCUUCACAGGACACUGUUAUACGGAGGAGUGGCUAUGAAUCCAAGAGACCAUCUCCGUUUAGUCUACGAAGGAAACCCUUUGGCUUAUCUAGUGGAACAAGCUGGUGGCAAAGCCUCUGACGGAAAGAGAGAGAUACUUUCGAUACAGCCAGUGAAGCUUCACCAGAGGUUGCCUCUGUUUCUUGGGAGCGUAGAGGAUGUGACUGAGCUUGAGAGCUAUGGAGAUGUGCAGCAGACUGUGAACCCUGGCUAUGAAGUUUGAACGGUUCCUCAGUUUCCUUUCUUGUGUUAAAAACCUCAAAUCCAUAAAAUGCUUGUAAAGAUAUAGCAAGAGUACAUCCUCUAUUUCAUUACAUGUGUUCAAACAUAAACCAGUCUAGAUCUUCUUCAUUGUAACAUAAACCAAUCAAUCUAGAUCUUGUUCAUUGUAA